UUGGUGGCGACCAAGCUUUACCCAGCAGAUCACCCCGGCGGUCCCUGAGACUAAGUCCGAACCGAAGACGCUGCAACGUCAGCGGAGCCCAUUUUCUCAGAGCUGCAUCAUUCCACUCUUUGCACCAAACUGUUUCCUCUGACAUCUGCCAUCUCUUUUCUUCCUUCCUCUGUUGACUUUGUAUCACAACCACAAAACUACUUUAAUUCCUGUACCAUACACGUCACUCCCUACACACCACUCGGCGCCAUGUACGCCGGUCGCACUGCUUCGAGGGCAGCGCCCGCAGUCUUCAGAGCGGGCAUCAGGACGACUACACGACCUCAUCGCCCCAUGCUCAGGAACUCACCCGCCAUUCGCAUACUCAUCCCGCUCCGCGCCUUACAAACCGAGUCGACGUCAUCGAACAAUGCGCAAAACUACCCGCCUCCUGGUUUCGACCCUAAGCAGGCGAGCCAGCACUUGCUCAAGCAGAAUCAGCAGCAGUCAAAUAAAACCGCCGACAAACACGACCCUCUCAUUCCCAAGUCCGGCGCAACCGCCAACCCAAAAACACACGCACAAGAUGUUCAGACAUUAAGCGAGCUAAAGGUGGAGAAGUCGGCCGCCGAGACCAAAGAGGAGAAGAAGGUUUUGGCGAAGAAGGAGGAAGAGAAGAAGAAACUGACCGUCUGGCAAAAGGUCAAGAAGGAGUUGGUGCACUACUGGGAUGGCACCAAGUUGCUUGGCUUUGAGGUCCGAAUCAGCUCCAAACUCGCACUGAAGAUGGCCGCUGGUUACGAGCUCACCCGCCGUGAGCGUCGACAGCUGCAACGCACCGUACAGGACCUUGCUCGCUUGGUACCUUUCCUGCCCUUCGUCAUCGUCCCCUUUGCGGAGCUGCUGCUCCCAGUAGCCCUCAAGCUCUUCCCCAACAUGUUGCCCAGUACAUAUGAGGGCCAGUCAGCCAAGGACACCAAAGCCCAGACACUCCGAGCAACUCGCAAGGACGUCAGCGCGUUCCUUCGCACAACACUAAAGGAAACUGGUCUCCCUGUCUCCGCCGAGAACGCUCAGACAGCAGAGUUCAGCGAGUUCUUCCGCAAAGUGCGCACCACAGGCGAGAAGCCAACACCAGACGAGAUUAUCAAAGUAUGCAAGAUCUUCAAGGACGACCUCACCCUCGACAACUUGUCUCGCCCACAGCUUGUUUCCAUCUGUCGCUAUAUGAACAUCACCUCUUUCGGCACAGACAACUUCCUACGCUACCAGGUUCGCGUUCGCAUGCGCCAGAUCAAGCGUGACGAUCGAUCCAUUGCUUACGAAGGUGUCGAGUCCCUCUCGGUCCCCGAGCUCCAGACUGCCUGUGCAAGCCGCGGUCUACGAACCUACGGUGUCUCUCCCGGCCGCUUACGGGACGACCUUACUAGCUGGCUCGAUCUCCGUCUCAAGCACGGCGUCCCAUCCACCCUCCUCGUCCUUUCCAACGCCUUUGUCUACGCCCAGGGCAAGGAAACAGAAAUGACCUCUCAAAUCGACGCCUUGGAAGCCGUCCUCUCCUCCAUUCCCGAGGAACUCUACCACGAAAUGGAUCUCGAGGUGCGCAACGCCGAAGGCGCCGCUACCAACAAGCAGCGUCUUGAAGUCCUCAAGGAGCAGCAAGAACUCAUCAACGAGGAGAAUGAACAAACCGAGACUGUGGAGAACAAGGCUACGGCUAGCCCCAAGGACCACGAGGACAUUGACGAGAAGCCGAUUAGGGACGCGCAAGAAGCCCAGGAUGCCAAAGAGGCCAAGGCUGUCGAGGAAAGCAAAGAAGCCGAGGCUAGUGCUGGUGAUGCCGCUGGUGGAUCGGCUGAGCGCGCUGAACAAGAUGAGCGUGCUAUGAAGAUGGAUGAUCCUACUGGUAAGGACGAGAAGCCCGUUGAGGCUGCUACUACUACGAAGAAGGAGUAAAAGGGAAAUUUCUUUCUCAUUUUUUUUACUUCAAUAACAACAACAAUUUUUCUCUCUACUACAUGUGUAUAGCUACGAAAUCUCCCGUUAUUUGGCGUCUUGAAAAGACGAUGUGCACACACACAUACAAACACAUGUAUAUAUAAUGUGUAUAUAGAAACUACACCCGUUCCUCGCUUGUCUGUUGAGAUAGGGGACGGGUCUAUAGAAUUGUAUAGAUUAAAUGAGAGAUACUCUCGUGAGAAUUAGAGGUUGUUGAGAU